AUGGCAUCAUCAACAACGCUUCCAAUACGAAAUGAAUCACGUUUAAAUGGUCAACAGGGACAACAAUAUUUAGUUGCUACAACAAAUCCAUCUAGUGGAGAAACCAAUGGAAAUCAAACAACAGGAAGAGUUAUUAUUGCAAAAGCACAUCCACCAAAUCAAAAUUCUCAAAUAAAUCAAAAUUCAAAUAAUAUUUCUGGUCCUGUACAAUUUCAAUUCAAUUCAAGUGAUGGUACACUUUAUACAGGAACAAACUCAUUUUUUCAACCACAAUCAUCAGGUGCAUCAUCAGAUGGCUUUUCUCAUCAUAUAUUAUCAUGUACAGGUGGAUAUUUUGUUCCAUCAUUAGAAAGUGGUUCACAACCAUUAACACAUACAACACGAGCAUCACCAGCAACCGUUCAAUGGUUAGUUGAUAAUUUUGAACCAGCUGAAGGUUGUUCACUUCGUCGUUCAACAUUAUAUUCAUUUUAUUUACAACAUUGUUCUGAACAAAAAUUAGAAGCUGUUAAUCCGGCUUCAUUUGGAAAAUUAAUUCGAUCAGUUUUUCUUGGUCUUCGUACUCGUCGUUUAGGUACACGAGGAAAUUCAAAAUAUCAUUAUUAUGGUAUACGUGUUAAACAAAAUUCAUCAUUAAAUGCUUUUUCUGAUGAACAUGGUGGAUUAACAUUUCGAGGUAAUAAUGCAUUUGCUAAUUUUAAAAAUCGUCGUUGGUCAACAUCAAAUGAUGGUUCAUCACCAGAAAAUAAACCCAAUGUUAAUGAUCAAUCAUAUUCAUCACAAUCGGAAUCAACUUUAUCACAAACAGAUACAAAACAAUUUAUUCAUGAAAAUAAUUCAUUAAUUAUAAAUGAAAAUGUUCAAUUAGAUUCAAAUAUUCAAUUACCUGAAGGUGUUACACAAGAAGAUAUUAAACGUUUUGAAACAGUUUAUAAAGAUCAUUGUCUUAAAUUAUUUGAUGUUAUAACAACAUUAGAUUUUGGUUCAGUUGAACAAAUUUGGUUUAAUUUUUGGUCACAAACAGGAAGAGAAGAAACAAUGCCGAUACCAUUAUUUCAUUCCAUUUGUUCAUUAAAUAAUAUUCAAGAAUUCAUUAAAAAUUCGGAUUAUCAAUUAUAUCAACAAUUAGUUGAAAGAUUAAUUGCAGAUAUUUUAUCACCAAUGCCAACAAGUGCAACUCAAUCCAUUCGGACAUUUGGUAAAAGUGUUGAUAGUUGGCUUCGUACAGCAUUAGGUCAUUUACCUGAACGAUUAAAAACAAUAAAAUUAACAAUUAUAAAUGCAUUUGCUAUGACAUUAAGACGUUAUACAUCAUUAAAUCAUUUAGCUCAAGCAGCACGAGCUGUUCUUCUUAAUUCAACACAAGUUAAUCAAAUGUUAGCUGAUUUAAAUAAAGUUGAUUUUCAUAAUGUUCAAGAACAAGCUUGGUGGAUAUGUGAAUGUGAUGAUAAUUUAGUAACACGUAUUGAAAGAGAAUUUAAAAAUCAUUUAUCAUCUCAAUCAACAUUAGAAGAUUGGUCACAAUGGCUUGAUUUAUUAUUAAAUGAUUUACUUAAACCAUAUUCAAAUUUAUCAGGAGAAAAAUAUACAAAACAAGCUAAACAAAUUCUUUUAAAUUGGUCAUUUUAUUGUUCAAUGGUUAUACGAGAUUUAACAUUACGUAGUGCAGCAUCAUUUGGUUCAUUUCAUUUAAUUCGUCUUCUCUAUGAUGAAUAUUUGUUUUAUUUAAUUGAACAUAAAAUAGCAUUACAUAUACAAAAAACUCCAAUUGCUGUGAUGGCUGAAUUAACAUUACAAAAUAAAUUAUCCAUAUUUGAUGGUGGUGUUAAUCCAUCAAAUGGAUCAGCAUCAAGUAUUUCCAUUGAACGCCGAAAUAUGCCAUCAAAAAUUUCAUUAGUUGUUAAAAAAGAUACACUUUCACCAGCACAAAUAUUAACAUUAUCAGGUUCAACUGUUCAAUUACCAAUAAUAAAUAAAUUAGUAUCAGCAGCUAAAUUAGCAAGUCAACCAUCGACAACAACGACAACAACAACAACGAAUUCAACACAACAAAAUGAAAAAGAUUCCGAAUCUGUUAAAAGACUUAAAACAACAGAUGAAAUUGUUGCUGUUUAG